AUGAAUAGUUGCAAAAUGAUGGAUAUUAUUACAUUGUUAAUGAUAAUUAGCAUGAGUGUAACUAGCUUAGUAGAUGCUCAAGUGCUUCCACCUUGUGCUAAUCCACUAUUACCAUGCAUUCACUACGCUAACUCCAAUACUCCACCAGACAACAUAUGCUGCAAUCCAAUUAAAGAUGUAAACACAACCUACGAAACAUGUUUCUGUCAAAUUGCUUUAACUCCAGGUUUACUUGAAGCUUAUGGACUUAAGUUAGUUCAAGCUUUCAAAAUUCUACACUCAUGUGGAGUCAAAAUGGAUCCUAGUAUCUGCAAUGGUAUGUCAAAUUUAAACACGCCUUCUCCGAUUCUUCCUCUGUCGUUAGUGCAACCCUCUGCAACACCUAAAAGUGAUGAAGGAGGAGCGAGCAAGAUUUCUUUGAUUGGAUUCUGGUUUAUAGUGUUUAUUUGGGCACCUUUGUUGUUUAAGUAA